GGGACCUUACAGAGAACUGCAACUGCUAUAGAGUCGUUCAACCUUUCGAAAUGGCCGGCCUACCCACGCCCGAACAGUUGAAGCCGACCGCUCACGACAAAUUGACUCUUGAAGCAUGGUCGCAAGGUUUCAUGAUUGGUGCUCUCAUCAUCAUGCUUGGAAUCACGCUCGCAAACAUACGAAAGGGGGUCCUCCUGCAUAAGCUUAUCUUUAUAGAGCUCAUACUUGCGGUCCCUAACGGAUUUUUCAUCUUUUUCGAGCCACCGGUCUAUGGCUGGUUUCUUUCAUCGACAGUCAUUAUGUUGCUCGCGUCUUGGACUCUGCACAAUGUUAUCGCGUGGAUGAAAAGCAAACCUUUUCUGGGACGUCGAGGCAACCUGAUUUACAUCGGCAGCGUCAUCCUGGUUCAGCCCUACUGGAUCUUGGAAGUCUAUGCGAACUUCGCCUUCUUCAAUACCCCCAAUAGUCGUCUCUUCGUUACCACCCGGCCUUUUGAAGCAGUCUUUAGGUAAUGGCGUCACUCUUUCUUAUCCCCGUUGUCGAGUGUAUUGAGCUGACACGAUGGCGCCAGAGACCCAUGGUGGAUAUUCACCAUUGUGAAUCUUUUCUGGAAUAUAAAGUUCCGUUACGAGCUUGACUUCGCCACAGUUGUCAGAGUCUCCCCACGUUUUGGGGUCCUACUUUUCUGCAUGAUUCUCAGCCUGAUUUUCAUUGUUGUAGAUUUGCUUUCGGUCACACCUGUGAUUAACAUCGGUGUCAUCAAUCCUUUCUGGAAGUUUGCUUUCAUUUUCAAAUGCUUCACCGACAGUAUCAUUCUUGACGACUUCAAGGCGUCUCUCGACAAACUGAGUCAACAUCGUCUAGCCCAGAUUCUUCCCUUUAACAUCAUGGGCAGCGCAGGCUGCGAUCACGAGUUUCGCCACAAAGCUGGGGCUCAAAAGGCUAUGUGGCUUAGUGGGGGCCAGUUGCAAUCUGAUCCAAGCCAAGACAACGAUGCCCUGUCUAGAACGAAGGAAGUCGAGCUCUUAGACGAUGGUGACUUGAGUUAUCCACCUCCUAUAGUUGUCCGCCACAUAGAAGACCGAAUCUGA